AUGGGCAGACAUUGGCAGGCCCCACAUCUCCUGUUGGCCAUUCUGGUGGCUUUGGUGUCUUUCACCUACCAAGCAAGGAGGAAAACCUUUAUAAGAGUCCAAGAGGAAAAUGCAGUAGAAACCCAAGUGAAGGACACCUUGCAGUAUGCCACCGACAUGUACAAUAAGGACAGCGAUGACAAGUACAACUUCCGGAUUCUACGCAUCCUGAAAAUUGAGAAGCAGGUGACUGAUCACAUGGAGUACCACAUCACCGUGGAGAUGCAGAGGACCACCUGCCUGAAGUCAGAGAGCAGCAACUGUGCAAUUCAGAAAGGCGAGCUCCGCAAGCAAAUCCAGUGCUACUUCUCAGUAUUUGCUAUACCCUGGUUUGAAAAGUACAAAGUUCUGAAAAAGAACUGCAGCGAUGGCUGA